AUGGUCAACUCCACCAGGCUAAAGGACAAGUUGCUGGCUGAAAUACCCGAACUAGAGACCUACAGAAAGGGGAGGGAUGUCCUACUUGCUUUUCAUAAAGACGUUGGCUCCAUUUUGUCACAAGCGUCCGACUUCAAUGAAGCCAUUCUCCUAGCCAAAGCAGCCACGAUUCUGCGUAGACAGAUGCUGGACCACAAGUCAAAGUUUGACGGAACCUUCCAUGAAACUUGUAUAGAAGAGUCUAUGCCUCCUACUCUACUUCAGUUUGUGGCCAUGAUUGAAUAUGGGGCUGACAUCAAAUCUCAACUCAGGUUUGGUGCAUCAAAGACAGACCUUGCAAUGGCACAGCUCCUUCAGUACAACUGUUAUGCGAGAUAUAUCACAGGCACUCAAAGGAUCGGGAAACACCUUUUCCAGUUUUAA